GUUUGUCACGCGUGAGCUGCGCGCGAUCUCCUCUUCUCGCUUCUCUUCCCCGCGCGUGACACUCACUUCCGUGUUGGCGUGUCUAAGCAAGGAAACGCGGAUGUGUUGCGCCUAAUCCGCAUCUACAGACGUGUUCCGAUUCUAUGUCGAACCCAAACCCUCAUCCACGCUGAUCUGAGCCAGGCGCAGUACUGCGGACGCGGGUUGGACGGAACCAAGUGGUGGAAUGCCUGCCGGUGUUUGUGGGUGUUGUGGUCCUCUGCGGCCACGCUAUAAGCGUCUAGUGGACAACAUUUUCCCAGAGGACCCAAAGGAUGGAUUGGUCAAAUCAGAUAUGGAGAAGUUAACGUUUUAUGCAGUGUCGGCACCAGAGAAGCUGGACCGCAUUGGGGCGUACCUUGCCGAACGCCUUAGCAGAGAUGUGGUACGACAUCGCUAUGGGUAUGUGGUAAUAGCGAUGGAGGCCUUGGAUCAGUUAUUGAUGGCUUGUCAUUCUCAGAGCAUCAAGCCGUUUGUGGAAAGCUUCUUGCACAUGGUGGCAAAAUUGCUGGAAUCCAGAGAACCAGAUUUACAAGUGCUGGGUACCAACUCAUUUGUGAAGUUUGCGAACAUUGAGGAGGACACGCCCUCUUACCAUCGCAGAUAUGACUUUUUCGUCUCUCAGUUCAGUGCCAUGUGUCACUCCACACAUGAGGACCCCGAAACCCGCUCCAGGAUCCGUGUGGCUGGUAUCAAAGGUCUGCAGGGUGUCGUCAGAAAGACUGUGAAUGAUGAACUGCAGGCAAUCAUCUGGGAGCCUCAACACAUGGAUAAACUCAUUCCCUCCAUGCUGUUCAACAUGCAAGACAAUGAGGACUCUGAGAGGGCUGGAGAGGAGAAUCCAGCUUCAUUGGCUGAGAGUUGUUUUCGAGAGUUGCUUGGUCGCGCUGCUUACGGCAACAUGAACAAUGCUGUGCGUCCUGUACUGGUGCAUUUAGACAACCACCGUCUGUGGGAGCCGAAUGAUUUUGCUGUGUCCUGUUUCAGGAUAAUCAUGUACUCAAUACAGGCCCAGCAUUCUCACCAUGUGAUUCAGCAAGUGUUGUCUCACCUUGACACCCACAGUAAGAACACACCACGUGUCAGGGCAGGUAUCGUUCAGGUGCUGCUGGAGACAGUUGCCAUAGCAGCCAAAGGUUCCAUCGGUCCCACAGUCCUGGAAGUGUUUAAUACCCUGUUGAAGCAUCUGCGAAUGAGUGUGGAUUUUGAACUGGGUGAUGGAUCGCGCAGGAACUCUGCGAACAGCCUUUCCUCUACCCGCACCAAAGAAAGCGAGGAGCGUUACGUACAAAAUGCUAUCAUACAAACCAUCGGUUUCUUUGGAGGCAAUCUUCCUGAUUAUCAGAGAGCAGAAGUGAUGAUGUUCGUAAUGGGAAAAGUUCCAGUUUACGGCACACCCUGCCACACCCUGGACACUGUCAAAAUUGGGCAUCAGGGAACCAAGAGAAUUCAAGCAAUGCUGCUCAGUUCUCUCAUUAUGGUGACAUCAGGUUUUAAGUGUAAGACAAUGUGUGCUGGUUUACCCGCACCAUUUCUCGAGCCGUUGUGCUCCAUCUCUCUGAUGGAAGAUAGUGAACUCCGGCAACUUGUCCUGGAGAUCCUGCACAACAUCAUCGAUCGCCAUGACAACAGAGCCAAACUCCGCGGGAUCCGGAUUAUUCCUAAUGUAGCUGCUCUGAAGAUUAAAAGAGAGAAGAUCUCCAAACAGGAUGUUGUUUUCAUGAAAAAGCAUGGGCAACAGUUAUACAGACAUCUCUAUCUGGGCUGUAAGGAGGAAGAUAACGUGCAAAAGAACUUUGAGCUGCUCUUCACAGCACUGGCCCUCAUUACUAUUGAACUGGCCAAUGAGGAGGUGGUGAUUGACCUCAUGCGGCUGUCCAUCGCCCUACAGGACAUGGCUCUUAUCAAUGAGGAGAACAUGCCCAUGUUUAUUCGCUGUGGCAUCAUGGCAUUGGUUGCCGCCUAUCUCAACUUUCUCAGCCAGAUGAUCGCAAAUCCAUCUUUCUGCCAAUAUGUCAGCAAGGUGAUUGAGCUGAGGAAUCUGGAUGCUCCACACCUGCUGCCUGAACAUGUCUUCAGAGAGAAAUGUGUGCUCCCAGAUUCUCUGGAUCGGGAUGACAUCGGUCUGUAUUUUCAGACGGCUGAUCUGGCAGAAUCUCUGACUGUACCUGGUUAUAACAUAGAGAGACUGGCUUUACCGUACAUUCCCCAGGUUUCAGAUGAAGACCGGCUGCCCCGUAGGAAGAGUUUUGUAGACACCAUUUCUCUCCAAGUUGACAUCCUUUCCAACAUCUUACCUGAUCAGUCUGAACUUGCAGAGGAGAUCACAUUUGAGACUCUUAAGAAGGCCAUUGAUACCACUGGUCUGGAAGAGCAGGAGAGAGAGAAGAGACGGCAGGUGAUGGAGAAGUUCCAGAAAGCUCCUUUUGAAGAGAUUGCUGCCCACUGCGAGUCCAAGGCCAACAUGCUGCAUGAUCGCUUGGCACAGAUAUUUGAACUCACCAUUCGCCCACCCCCUAGCCCAUCGGGCACAGUGACUGUGACAUCAGGCCACACCCAGUACCAAUCUGUGCCAGUCUACGAAAUGAAGUUCCCUGACCUCUGCGUGUACUGAGCCACGACCUUUCACCUUUUGCUGUUUCACACAAACUAAAUGUUGACAUAUAACCACUAAAUUUUAUCACACUUCGUAAGACCACAUAUGUGAUCCUGUGACAUUUAACUCACUUUAACCUUUGACAUUUAACAUCAUUUUAAUCUUCAUUAGACUUAACCCACUAAAUGUAAGCAUCAUGUAUAUUCACGAUGAAUCCCCUCACGUGUUUACACCUCCAUUUUGUACCAAUCAGCACACAGAGCUCUACAACCAGCUAUCCAAUCAUACAGCAGAUCUAUAGUAUCAUGUGAAUCUUCAGUGUGUGUGAUUUUCAGUUUGAUUCUUGCACUAAAAGGCAGCUCAAAGAAUCAAACUGAUGAGAGUCUUUUGAAAUGCAUUCUUUAGCUCCUUUAAAUCUUGAUUCAUAGGAGUCAUUUUGAAAAAUUAAGGGAACUAAAUGCCAGCAUAUCUAUAUGUCUAUCUCUCUCUUCUCGUUCUCACUUCCUUUAGCACAUUAAAGGAGUAUUCUGGAUUCAAUACAAGUUAUGCUCAAUCGAUAGCUUUUGUGGCAUAAUGUUGAUUACCACAAAAACAAUUGCAACUCGUCCCUCCUUUUCAUUAAAAAAAAAAAGCUUUAUAGCCAAUAGUUAUAGCCAAUUUUUUAAUUUCGUUAGCAUGAUGGUGUAAUGAUGAUUUAAGUUUACAGCUUAAAUAAUACACACGUUUUAACAGAAGUGCUUUUAUUCAAUUAAAAGCUUCACAUUUCUGCCUUUUUAAACCCUCUAAAAAUUAGCCCCAUUCACUUCCAUUGUAAGUGGCUCAUUGUAACUUUUUUUAAUAGAGGGACAAGUCUAAAUUAGUUUUUGUGGUAAUCAACAUUAUGCCACGAAUGCUAGCGAUUUGAGCUUAAUUUGUAUUGAACCCAGAAUAUUCCUUUAAGCCAUCAUCAGCAUAGAGAUUUGAAAACAUUUCUCACUUAAAUGAUUUUAGUGUACAGUAACUCACAGGUAUCGUAUAGCCUAUUUUUGCUAAAUAUAUAUAUACAGAAUAUAUACUAGACUAAACAAUUGCUAAUAGUUGCAGAGUAUUACAUGUUAGUGUCACGUUCGAAUGGCUUAGCCAAUGUGUUUCACUGCAAACUUCUGUGGAUUUACGCCUUUAUUAAUGUACAAAUAGCCUUUAACUUUGAUGUUGUGGAUGUCCAUGGGGCUUAUUUUGCCACCAAGAGUUCUUAGUGAUCACUUUGCUCUCCAUUUUGCCUUCACUGUAUAGAGAAUCCAAAACAUCUGCUUUUUAUCACCAAAGAGCUCCGCAUAAGCCCUUCCUUUAUGGCCACACAUGGCUGCCAAUCAGAAAUGUAUUUCUCAUAGAGGAUGUGAAUACUGCAGUAAUACCUGUGAGAGAUAUUUACUUGGACUUUUUAGCUCCGAUAUCAGUUUUUUUUUUUUGGAUGUGGAGCAAAAUAUUCUCGAGGUCAAUUCUGAAAUGAUCUGCAUUCAUCAACCAGCUGCUUUUGUAUAGAGCCACAAGUGUGUUGUGGGAAUGUUUUUUGUUAUCAGAUUUUGUUCAUCUACCUAAUGACAAAAAUGUGUGUAAUGCUGAAUUUUACAUUUAUUUGUGACUGUUAGAAGCUGAAAUACAUUGCUGGAAUUGUUUUACAUUCAUCUGAGCUUCCUGUGGUGAGAGCAGUGAUCAAUUCAAGUUUUGUUUAGCUGUUAGAAAUGUGUACGCAUUACGGUUUUGGACAUUUUUGGUUCAGGGCAUUUGCUUUCGUAAGAAUGGCUUGCUGUUUUUAUGAAUGUACUUGUUAGGUUGAUGUGACAGGUGUGAAUUCUCCAGGUAUAUGGUACAUUUAUUGAUUGUUUAAGGAUGAUGUCAUGACGAUGCGAUGUGGAAUGUUUCAAUGUUCUGGCGGUUUGUGAACAGAGUUUGCACUGUACAGAAAGUAAAGAAUGUAAAGAAGAAAGGUCAAAAUACAUAGGUUGCUCGAUUGCUCCUUCCAAAUAAUCAGAAUGAUCAAUUUCCUGUCUAAUUGCCAUACAAUCUGAGUAGAAGAAAGCAAUAUGGCAGGUUGUAAGGUGUCAGGGCCAAUUAAAGAGAUAAUUCCCCCAAAAAUGUAUAUUUUGUCAUCAUUUACUCGCAUUCAAACCAGUAUGACUUUUUUCAGAACACAAAUGGCAAUGGCAGGCAGAAUGUUAAAGCAUCUCAUUUGCUCACCCUCAUGCCAUCCCAGAUGCAUACGACUUCCUUUCUUCUGCAGAACACAAAUUAAGAUUUUUAGAAGAAUAUCUCAGCUCUGUAGAUCCAUACAAUGCAAAUGAGUGGUGUCCAGAACUUUGAAUCUUCAAAAAAUCAA